AUGGGUGACCAAGCGAUCCAACCAACCCCCGAGUCCCCUGAAAUCAUUGCUUUUGCGACUCGAAUGUACGAUGCAGCAAGACAAGGUGACAUGCCAAUCUUCGAGCAAGCACUGCCAGCAGGCCUGCCGCCAAAUAUGACCAACGAUAAGGGCGACAGUCUGCUCAUGCUCUCGACCUAUCACGGUCACGCUCCACUUUCCCGUCUUCUUCUUUCUCACGGCGCUGAUCCAAACCGAUUGAACGAUCGCGGUCAAUCCCCGCUCGCUGGCGCUGUGUUCAAGAACGAACAAGAGAUUGUGGAUAUACUGCUCGAAGCAGGGGCGGAUGUGGAUUUGGGACGACCGAGUGCGUGGGAGGCUGUGGAGCUGUUCAAAAAGACCGACGUGUACGGUGAGAAGUUCUCGAGGCAGAGGGAGAAGCUUAAGGGUGGAAAAGGUGGGGGAGGGAAGGGCGAAGCAGAGGCGAAGGGAGGAGUGGGGGGAACGAAAGGUGCGGGUCAGAUGAUCUGA